AUGUCAUCUAUUAACUAUAUUGACUCACAUUGUCAUGUUUGGAAGGUGGAGAGAGGCGACUAUGAUUGGCUAAAUGAGUCAAUGACCUCACUCUAUAAGGACUUCUCAAUAGAUGAUUAUAAGGAAGCCGCAACAAAGUUUGGUGUCACUGGUUGUGUGUUGGUACAGGCUGCACCGACAGUGGACGAGACAUCCUAUCUGUUGAACAUCGCCAUGCAGAGUGGAGGCUUUGUAAAGGGUGUGGUGGGCUGGUGCGACAUGCUUGGCGGCGACACCACCAUCACCAACUUGAAGCAAAUGUACGACUCCACCUUCCUCAAUGGCAAGCCACUUCUGGUGGGCAUUCGUCCCAUGCUGGAGAACAUCUCGCAGGAGGACUGGAUGCUGCAGAAGGAGUUGGCCCCAGUGAUCAACUGGAUGAUCUCCAAGAACAUCGUGUUUGAAGCACUGGUCCGUCCCGGCCAUCUCAAGCAUCUCAGGAAGUUCCUCAUCCGCUACCCUCGUCUAAAGGUCGUCAUUGACCAUGCCGCCAAGCCAUCGAUCAAUGGAGACAAGGCCGCAUUCGACCAGUGGAAGGCCGACAUUGAGUGGAUCGCCAAGAACUCGCAGACCUCACUCGUCAAGAUAUCUGGAUUCUACAAUCAGGUGACGGUGGAGGCUGGCAAGGAGAAGGACAUCACCGAGUACAACUCACGUGUUGCACCCUACGUUAUGCAUCUCGUGCGCUGGUUCACUCCCAAGCGUUUAAUGUGGGGAUCAGACUGGCCCGUCCAUGACAACUACGAGGCCUGGUUCAAGUUCUGUCGUGACUGUUUCUCCACCCUCUCCAAGGAGCAACAGACCGACUUCUUCCAGGGAAAUGCCACCCGUCUCUAUGGCUUC